AUGGCAACCACAACCGCCACCGCCACCACCACCACGAUCACCACCACUGCCGCUGCCGCCAUGACGUGGACAGAGGCGAACGCCCUCCUCAACGCCGCCAAGGCCCUCAUGGCCUUAAACGAGGAGGGGGUCAUGCCAACAAGAGGGUUGGGGGCUACGUCGACCAGAACGGACAUCACGUUCAAGGAGACGCCGAUGCCAAAGGAGCCCGUUGACAAGGUUUUCAAGAAGGGGUAUUUCUGGGAGGAAAAGAGGUUCGCGGAGGAGUACAAACGGGAGAAAAACCCGAGGGCCUGGGUGCCGGAGAUAACGGACGCAGAGCUGGCGGCCGACAUGGAGGCCAUAGGGGUCUGUUUAGAGGGCCGCGGGCAGCGGAAGAGGAAGCUGACCGCGAAAGGUCAGGCGGCUGUGGAGCAGGCCGUGACCAGGAUGAAGAAGUCCAAGACUUCAUAG